AUGAAGCUGUCUGCAUUUACUCUCUUAGCUCUGAUCUCAGGUGCUUUCUCUGCUCCUGUUGCCGAGCCUGGCAGCGAGGUCUACUACCCUGAGUACAAGCCCGUAAAGAGCUGGGGAGAAUAUGGCGGGCCUGGAAAGUCCAAGCCUCACAAGCCAAAGCCAAAGCCUCAAUAUCCUCCUCCCAAGCCCUAUAAGCCUGAUUACCCUGGAAAACCUGACUAUCCCAAGCCAGGAAAGCCAGAUCAUCCAAGCAAGGCCCAUAAACCGUGGGAGAACAACCCUGGCCAGCCUGGGAAGCCUCAUUACCCGCCUCCUAAGCAUCCUAAGCCGGAACCUUAUUAUCCUCCUCCUAAGCCGCACAAGCCUGAGCCUCAUUAUCCAUCCAAGCCUCAUAAACCUGAUCACCCAGGCAAACCUGACUAUCCUGGACCCGGUAAACCUAGUCACCCAGGAAAGCCUGACCACCCAGAUGGACCUGGCAAGCCUGAUCAAUCAGGACCUGGUAAACCUGAUCAUCCCGGUCCUGGUAAGCCAGAUGGUCCAGGCAAACCAGACUAUCCUGAGCUUGGAAAACCUGAUCACCCGGGCAAGCCAGACGGUCCAGGCAAGCCUGAUAAAACUUCAACUUAG